CAUCAUCUUCAUCUUCGGUUGUGAUUGUUGUAAAUACAAUGAAUAAUAGAGAUGAACAAGGGUGUGUUUGGAAGAGAAUAACAAGAGAGAUGGAUGAUCAACAACAACUCUUGAACUUAGGAGGCAGUUCCACAUCAGGCAACAACAAUGGAAACAAAAGCAAGAAAUCUGAAAUCAAAAACAAAGACAAAGACAAGAGAUGGGCUUUGGUGAGGUUUGAGGAAUUGCCAGAGUACAUGAAGGACAAUGAGUUCAUACUGAAUUACUAUAGAGCCAAUUGGCCUCUCAAACAAGCAUUCUUUAGCUUGUUUCGUUGGCAUAAUGAGACUCUCAAUGUUUGGACGCAUUUGAUGGGGUUUGCACUAUUCUUGGGGUUGGUAGUUGCUAAUUUGAUGCAUGUUCCUCAACUUGCAGAUUUCUUUGGUAUAUUUACCAGGUGUGUGAUCUGUUUUGUUUUUAUUAAUCUUCAUAACUUUAAUAAUAAUAAGAGAAAGAGGAGAAGGAUAUGUAUGUUCAAUUGCCUAAAGGAAAAGAGCAAUUUGGGAUAUCUUUUUAUACUUUUAUUUUCCUCCCUUUUUUUAUAGACAAUUUGGGUCCCA